AUGGCCGAACGAAUCCGGGGUCCAGACUGGGGUCGAUGGUGGGGCGGCGUGGGGUCUGGCCUAAUGAUGACUGGCAUCAUUGGGCCUGUCACGGUUAUGAACAGCUUCGUUUCACAAUUCGGCAGCCAAUCAUCAACAGUUCAUGGCUUGAUCGCGGGGCAUCUAGCGGACAAACCGGGAAGGCCAAAGGGCAUCAGCAUUGGUGCCCUGAUCUUUGCGAUUGGAGCAACUUUGGAGGCGGCUGCUGUGCAUAUCGGGAUGUUUGUUGUGGGACGUUGCAUUGAGGGUAUAGGUGAGGGAUUAUAUCUUGGAGCCCUGGUCGUCUACAUUUGCGAAAUUUCUCUGCCGAGGGUUAGAGGAGCAUUGACGACCGGGCCCCAAUUGCUGGUUACUCUGGGGUUGACCAUAGGGUUCUUUACAUGCUACGGUACUUCUUGUAUGAAGUCUUCCUGUUCAUGGCGCACGCCUUUCAUUAUCUUGGCUUGUCUGGCUACUACCUUCUCUGUAGCUUCACUCCUGUGGUUAAAUCCCUCACCGAAAUGGUUGACCCUCCACGGCCGGAGAGCGGAGGCUACUGCAGUUUGGGACCACCUUGGUAUCAGCCAGGCUGAACAGCACAAGUUUUUUGAUCUGUUUUCCAGAGAUGUACGGACACGUACUGUUUUGGCGAUGUUUCUCAUGUGCAUGCAGCAACUCAGCGGAUUAGAUGGUGUACACUAUCAUGCCCCAUUGCUUUUAGAGCAAGUAGGACUAGCUUCUUCAGAUGCUAGUUUCUUUGCCUCUGGUAAUUCUGCAACAAUUAUCUUCGCCGUAACCAUUCCGGCGCUCAUAUGGGCGGACAGGUGGGGCCGACGACGCAGCACUAUCUACGGUGGCACCGGCCUCGCCGAUGCCGUAUACAACUCAACUGGUGCAGGUCGCUGGGCAGUUGGCACCAAGAUCUAUGCAGCAGAGAUACAACCACAAAGGACUCGCGCAUCGGCCACUAGCCUGGCACAUGGCAGCAACCGGGCCGCCAACUUUCUGGUCGCACUGACGACACACAUUCUACUGUCAAAGAGCAGCUUUGGUGCAUACUUUCUUUUCGGAGGAUGCACCCUGAUUACGGCAUUCAUCUGCGCCCUCUUCAUGCCCGAAACAAAAGGACGAUCCUUGGACGAGAUUGAGGAGGCUUUCAUAUCUAUCUCGCUGUCCAAAACACUGUUGAAGGCCUUCAGACCUAUUACCCAGACAGCCCAGCGAUAAUUGACCAGAAUUGGGA